AUGUACCUGCGAAACAGAGUGGACAACAUAACCGACCGUGCUCUCCUCGCUGAGAUUGACGACCUCCGCAAGCCCAUCGCCUUCAACGAGACAAUCCUCCGGACGGUCCUCCCGAGUCUGCUUGACAAUCCUGGGGACCGACGAACGAGGGAAUCAGACACGCAACACAGAAAGAGCUCAGGAAUUCGAAUCACACUUCUGAAGGAGUGGCGAAAGAGAGUGGACAACAUAACCGACCCUGCUCUCCUCGCUGCGAUUGACGACCUCCGUUACGACAUCUCUUUCGAAGAGACGGUCCUCCAGACGAUCCUCCGGAGUUUGCUUGACAAACCUGGGACGGACGGACGAGAAGGUUAG